CAUACCUGAAUUUAAUACACAUCAUUUACACUGUACGUGUAAAUCUCUUCAUUAAAACACCUACCCUGCAAACGAUUCCAUUCUAUCUUUAUCUUCUCCAGCCACCCUUUCUACCCCCUCAGACUCUCAUCCACUGUCCUAUCUUUCAGCUGUUCUACAAAUCAAUCGUAGCAAGAAUGGCACAGGCUAGUCAGAGAAAGCUGUUAUCCGCGGAAGAAAUCCGCUACAUUAUCAAUCAUGUGUUCCUUCCACCACAGUUACCCCAUGAGAAUGAUUACGAAGUAGAGAAUGAAGAAGCUUUACUAAAAACGGUCAUUCAAGCUCUCUAUAAAUUUAGAGAAUAUGUACAAGGAGACGAAGUCAACGCUGUGGACUCAGCCAUCACUACGAUGGAACAUCUACAUCGUAACCACGAUUUUGCCGCAAGUAAAUCAUCAACUAACGAAAAAGGGCUCCUCAAGGCCUUUCAUCUCCUUAACCAGGAAGGUGGGUCUGUCGCAUGUCAUAUUCAAGCUCAGAACUGUGGUAUCUUGUUCUCGAGAUUGGAUACAUCUGUUCACGUCGAGAUGUUUGAACUAUCUCCCUCUAACCGGGCUGUCAUUUCAACAGAAGGGAGACUACGUCGGAUCUUCCCCGGCGCAGCUGUGUCUAUCCCGCUGUCUAUUUUCCAAACAUGCGAAUUCCAAGAUACAGUAGCCUACACCUUGACAAAAAUGACCCACCAGUCGGCCCCUGAUACCCAACCCCAGGUCAGAAAGAGCAACAAGAUGCACGAUGAAGAUCGAGACACUACACACCCAAAGAUGAUUACUGAGCUCUUUUCAGCAUUCUUAUUAUCUAUGGGUGAUCAAGUGGAAGUAAAGAGGAUCUGGAAGAAUACUCGCGAAGAAGUAUUUUGGAAAGAUUCCCUGCUGCCGUGGCAUAGGUCGGCCUUGUGGCUACUUAUUCGCGUCGUCUUACAACUUUUGUUCACACGAUCGGCCAGUUCGCCUACAUGUCCGGAACAAACCUACAAAGUGUUCAUGGUAUACUUCAUGGCUCAGGUUCUAUCACAAGUACAAGGAAAUCUUCCGAGCGACCUUCUGGUAGCUAUGUGUGCUAAAAUCUCCAGACGGUACCAGAAGGUUGUCGGACCUAUCCCCGGAUCUGUCGUUGAAUUCAUAAAUUCAACUCUAUCAGAAACGGAUCAGAUUCUCCAAGGUCGAUGGUCGCGGAUCCAGAAAGAAAAUUCGGUUCCUAACAGCCUAGAGGGCCUGCAAGAUCUUAACUUUGAUCAAGAUACUCACAUGUCGCUCUCGAGACUUGUCGAAUUUAUCAACGAUAUAGGGAACCGUGGGAAAAGUAAUCAGCCCCUUACCGUUCAGUUGAGCUGCCCCCUUAUCGACUAUGGUUCUCAAGUGCCUCCAGUUACAUCAUCGACAAACGACAUGCAUGUGAUGUACGAAUUGGCAUUAUUCGAGUCAUGGGUGGCAUCAAACCUCCAAAGUUGGUUAGAAGCCAAUGAAGAGUGUCACGAUGCCACUGGUAUUCUAAGACAAUUUAUUGAGGAUUACUACAGAAUUGCCUUCCCGCGCUACGAAGGCAACCCCGAGCUAAGCUCCAUCAUGAUCCUUACUAUACUCGACCUCUGGGUUGCAUCCGACAAAUCAGCAAUACGAAAUUGCAAGUUACUUGAUAAGUAUAAGCCAGGUAUCCCAUUGGACCUCUUAGAGAAUCUGAAUUUGCCAACAAAAAGCCAGAUGAUAAGGCUCUGUAGCAUUGAAAAAUAUUUAAUCGAUCGCAAAUCCCGGGCCCAGUUCCCUUACGAAGCACUCAACGGCUUUGGCAGUAGCAGCUGCUUUUCUGUACAGUUUUUCAAUCAAUCUGUUGAACAUAAGAAUCUACGCGAUUCCAUUGUCAAUAAAGCAAAUCAGGACAGGGAAGCAAAGCGGGAAGAAUUUGAGCAGAAAAAAGACCAGUACAACUGUCUCAUACGGAUGUUAGAUGAGAUUGAACAUGAUACUAUUACGAGGAUCGAUUCAAUCACAGGCGAGCAUUCUGAGCACUGCACUAAGAACUGCCUAAAAUGCGACAUCCCUCGGCAGGCAAAGCAGAUAAAAAUAAAAAUACAUGAGUGGCCACUGCCCAGAAAUGAGCUUCAAGAAAAGUCGACUGUAUUUGAGCUCCAAGCUCCUUGCUCAUUCGGUCAGUGGCGUGACACUACGAUGUUCGUCCUUUAUGACAUCCUGAAGCUAAGGUACUCUGUGGAAGAUAAACCAGUAGCUCGCUAUAAGUUAGAGUUAGCCGAUUACUUACCCGGGUACUUUCGUGGAUUCGAUUCAAGGCAGCGGAUAAUACUACUAUCUGAUGUUAAGCCUCAUAACAAAACCCAUCGCCGUAUGAAAAAUAUUGCUACUAAGACUCCGGAUGAUGUCUGUCUCGAGAAUGGACUGCAUUUGAGAUAUUAUGACAGCUCGAACAAUUGCUUCACUACUCCGUUUGAGUCUACAGACGACAUUGCCGAACUAUGCACGUACUCAUUACCGAAAGGGCCAAUGAAUACGAUAUCACCAAUACAACCAUUUAUUCAUCGGGUACCAUUGGAACCUGCCGGCCCGCCACCGAACAAGGUCAUAGCCACCCAGUCAACCUGUCCUACCAACCUUUCUCUAGAAGAGUACAAGGCGCUUACGUCUCUUCCGUUAGGUUUCCUGCUUCAAUGGCAAAACAUCUUACUGCAACUUGCGUCGCCAAGCAUAGACUUCAGGAAAGAAGAGACUGCUUUGGUUAUCUCGCAAUGCAUCUUCCAAGUUGGACCUCGCGACGGACAUAGUGUGUUUAGGGGUAGUCAUAAAAUCCUCGUCGAUGCGCAGUUUUCUCGUGCCUUACUGGACAACCUGGAUAAAGCACUGCUUAGGGUUAGAGAGAAUUGGCAAUCUUUUCAAGCACAUGGGAUUUUCGUUUCCAUAGCCAGACGUCUGCUUUCACUGACGUCUUCCCAAAAUGAGAAAGACAGGUGCCUCAACUUUUUGGCUGAUAUUCGCAAGAUCACUUCGGAAUGGAUCCACGAUUUGGAGGACAAAAUCCAAGGCGCUACAGAUGAAGAUAUUAAGGAUGAGCUGCGAUAUAGAUUGGUGAAGAUAACACUGAUCUGUGCGGACACGUUCAACGUCGAAGAGGAGCAUCUCCGUAGCCUUUUGGCUGCACCUGAUUCCGCCUGCACUAUGAUGCGGUGCAGCAUUGUCAUUAAUGAAGGACUAAACUGCAUUCCAAGGAAAGCGGAUGAUUGGACUUCUAUUAUGCAUCGAAGGUGGGAGCGGCUUGCGUAUCGAGCAUUUGAUAUUCUCGCAGAAGAAAUAAUAGAAAAGAACAGCCCAGCAUUAGACAAUGCUAUUAAGAAGACUUGGUCUGGUUUCCCUGCGACGGGAGAAUGGACACGCCAGCAGAAGCCAUACCAUCAUUGGAUUGUCAACCGGUCAACGCCUAAUAAUGGAGACAACGAUUUGUACGUCCACUUCAGUCUAUUAACGGGCGAACUCCUCGUCAAUGGGUCCCCUCUAGGUCGACUGCCUCGAGAGUAUGAGAAGCACCACAUGUAUUCCGUGUUGUUCGGAAAGUCAAUUCUAGAAGUCGUCCCGAGCUCAGUCCCUGGGAUGCGAUUCAGUUCCAAGAACACGUUCAACGAACACACUCUAAAUUUUGGCUUGGAUAACCCAGCCGGAACCCUCCUUAUUCGAGCAGUUAUCAAUAAUCAAAUAUUCGAAUUAGUCCCCCGAACUGUCAUUCAGAACUUACUUCCAAUAAUUUUCGUUGAUAACUUUGUUCAUUGGUAUAACAAAGCUGGUGAUUACGUUGAGUUCUGCCCCCAGGAGCUUCCGUGGACUCACUCGAAAAACAACUGGAGAUUGGUACGCUCGGAUACCGCAAGCCACUGUUGGCAGCUAUGUAAAGGUAGUAAGUUCCUUGUCGACAUUAACAGUCAUACAGCGAAAGAAGUCUUCAAAACAAACUUGAAACGUCUCGAAGAGCUUGCCUGGACGCAUAUCAUUCUCCAGGGUCACUCUGUGGAUAUUGAACUUCCUAGGUUAAAACUAGGAUUUCACUUGAAGCAGGGAGAAGCUUCAAUAUACUCUCACCAAUUCCGUGGAAUGUCGAUAGAUGAGGACCAGUCGAUUGGAACCUUGAUUGGCCUCCAAAGUAUGCUUGUGCUGAAAGGCGACAACGGCCGAGUUCGACGCAAAGCCCUCAUCCCAAAUGGAAAUGUAGCAUUCAAUAAACACGGGCAACAUAUCCAUGUUGAUAUUGAAAAGCACUCUUCUACGAAGGCUUACGUUUACGAGGUUGAUGGCUUAAUUGGCAGACUCGUUAACAAUGGAAGUCUACAGGGCAGGUUACUCUUGUCGUACCUCCACGCACUUACCUCUUUUCCCUUACCAGAUCCCUUAACAGGGAAAACAGGAACGGAGGAAGCACUAUCCAUCUUGAAGUCUGCCGCUGUGCGGUCUUUCAUAAAGCUUACAGAAGAAAACCUUGAGUUACUGAAGAAAAUCGCCCUGCUUACUCCGGCACGAUGCUAUUACCCAGCUAACGAACAGGAAAUGCAAACUGUGGUAUGGGAUCCACAGGUUGACUUCCUGGCCCAGCAUGACGAAUUUUAUCAAACUGUGCGCUCGAUAUUCGACCAAGCCAAUCACUCGGAAUUUUUCCACCCCGAUUCUUAUGUUUCCCCGCCAGCUCUACAUCAGGUUGAGCAGAGCCUCCUACGCCGUGAUAUUAUUCGUUCAUCUACACUCCGCGUCUCGGGCUUUGGUGCUGAGGACCAUACUACAUCCUCGGAUGUGGUUUAUCUAGGCAGAGACAACGACCAGUCUUCUAAAAAAGCGUCCCGGGCUUACGUUAUGUCCAAAAUUAUAUUCCGAGAACGCUUCGCUCUGAAUGAGAACACCGUGCCAGACCUAGGAAAAUAUAUCUGGGAAUUCCUUUCUGGGUAUGACGUGCUUGGACCUAGGCCUAUUAACUCCUCCUCUCCGGAGAUUCAAGUAAACUACGAUUCCACAUUGCUUCUUGGUUCGACUGAGUUCAUCGCCAAACACUGGAUUCAAAUCUGCCAGUUAUUGAGCGAUAGAACAACUGAGCAUAACAAGUUCAAAGUCAUGUUCUGGCUUUCUACGAUUUCAUUCGCUAAUGAUGCCAACAUGACAAUUCUUCAGGUUUUGGCGUCUUUCUUCACAGUUCCUGGAAUAGCUCUUAGUCCACCUACAGCUGACAUUUUUCGGCUGUCUCUUGGAUCUUGCGUCUACAGUUCACAUCUAUACAACGUUAUUGACGAUUCAUGCCGUCCGUUUCAGGAAAGUCCGGAAGCUUAUCUAUCUCAAGAUCCAUGGGAGAGCUCGUCCGCUUUUGGGGCCCGACAGUCUCGGAUAUUUCAAAACAAAAGGGAGGAGGAGGUCAGAACUUUUCGUGACAAACUAGAAACUCAAUGGCCCUGUGAGCGUCCAACUUCCCCCUACCGCACGGGUUCUGUGGAAUGGUGGAAAUACAUAAAUGUGGAUUUGGCCAUGAGUAAAGUAACAGAAUUAUUCAGGCCACGCUAUCACAACCAUCUGCUUGAGAAGUAUCUUAACCAGAUCGGUGGCAGGAUUCCUCGGGAUGUCAUUCCAAUUACUAUUUCUCGAUUCUCUCCGACUAUUCCCCCUUGGAAUUGUACGAGGAAGCCUGGUUUUACCAGCAACGACGAAAUAUUCACUGCCCCAGCUCCUCUUAUGUUACUAUGUACUGAUAUGGCACAAAACAUAUCCCUGAUCAAUAAUGAUAGCAACGAAGCACCGCAGCUUCCUUUUUUGCUGUCGAGAUUAGACAAACAAGUACAAUCUGGAUACGACAGGCGUUAUGUAUCAGACCUUAAGAAUAGCACGCAGUCACUACAGGGCUGGAGGAAGGAGUACCGCCUGACGAAAGAUAUACAAGAGCUUGAAGAACUUCUCGUUCGCCAUCGCGAUAGUUGCCAAGAAAUAGUCGAUAAGAAUUAUAGGGCCAUAGAAGAAGCUGUUAUUACCGAUCAAGGAGGCGAACGGAUUGCUUUACGAGCUCUCUUAUCCUCAACUCACCAAUGGCCAAGACUGUCACCAAGCUUCUUCUUGCAACGUCUCUGUCGUAGUAAGUGGCAGAAGCUACCUGAAGACUGGAAAAGCUGCAUAAUUCAUUACGGCAUAACUAUUUCUCAGCUACAGCGAGCAGACCGUUUGCUAAGGGCAGUUCACAAUCCUUCUGUCCUAGUAAGCGAACUGCGAAAUCCUGGCCAUACGAACUGGCAACCACGAGAUCAACCAGAGUCUCUGCUCUUGGAAAUAGAGGGCGACCUUAUGAUCCGUCCAGUUCAGGAGCAAAUAGCCAGAAAUAUGAGGAGCCCCGAAGGGGGUAGGAAUGCCGUCAUGCAGUUAAACAUGGGAGAAGGGAAAUCAUCUGUCAUCGUACCCAUGGUCGCAACAGCUCUCGCAGACGGUUCUCGUUUAGUCCGGGUAAUUGUUGGAAAACCGCAGUCGAGGCAGAUGUACCAAAUGCUUAUCUCUAAGCUUGGGGGUUUGCUAGACCGACAGAUCUUUCACAUGCCAUUCUCUCGAGCCGUUAAAGUCGAAACAACUGAGAUACUUGCGAUGAGAGGCAUGUUCGAAGCCUGCAAGAACAAUGGGGGUAUAUUCUUGAUGCAACCCGAACACGUCCUGUCUUUCAAGCUUAUGGGUAUCGAGUGUAUCCUAACGGGAAAGGAGCCGAUCGGUCGUGCUUUGGUACAAAGUCAAGAAUACCUCAAUACGAAUACUCGUGAUAUCGUCGACGAGAGCGAUGAAAACUUUAGCGUCAAAUUCGAGUUGGUCUAUACCAUGGGCACACAACGUCCGACCGAGUACAGCCCCGAAAGAUGGGUGUGCAUCCAUCAGGUCUUGGAGGUAGUUAGAGAAGUCGUCUUGGAAGUUCGUACUGACCUUUCCGGUGCGCUGGAGGUCCAUUAUCAGUAUCCCGGAUGUUUCCCACGUACUCGUAUUUUGCAACUGGAUGCUGCCGACCAGAUUCUCUCUCGGGUCACGAAGCGUAUUUGUGCAACAGGUCUCAACGGAUUCCCCAUUACAAGACAGCAGGAACAUGUCCGUCAAGCAAUAAUAAGAUACAUUACUGAGGUUCAACCUGCUACUGCCGACAUUGCGCUCGUUGAAGACCCUAGCCUGAAGGGAUUCUGGACGCGUGCUAGCCAAACUUUGCUCCUAUUGCGAGGCCUUAUAGCCGGAGGCGUACUAGGCUUCGCGUUCGGGCAUAAGCGGUGGAGAGUUGACUAUGGCCUCGACUCAAACCGACAACCAAGCACUAAACUCGCGGUGCCAUACAGAGCUAAAGACAACCCUUCGCUGCGGUCUGAAUUCAGUCAUCCGGAUGUUGUUAUCAUCCUCACCUCUUUGAGUUAUUACUAUGGCGGUCUCGAAUACGAAGACCUAUUGCAAACUUUCAAGCACCUCCUUAGGUCUGACCAGGCCGAUCAGGAGUUCGGGGUGUGGGUAAAAGAUGCAGAUAAUCUACGUGAUACCUUCAAAACUUUGGUUGGCAUUAAUCUCGAAGAUGCAGAAUGUACACAAUCCCUAUUUAGCUCUUUCCGGCAUGCCAAAGGCGUCAUAGACUAUUUCCUAGCGCACAUAGUCUUCCCAAAGGAAAUGAAGGAGUUCUCGCACAGGCUUUCUGCUUCGGGUUGGGAUAUAGGCGAAGUCAAGACUCAUCCAACAACAGGGUUUAGCGGCACAAACGACUCUCGCCAGGUACUACCACUUGAUGUCGAACAGCUAGAUCUCGAGGACCAGAAGCACACAAACGCAUUGGUCCUAGAGAAUUUGCUCCAUUCCAAGAACUCCGUUACGCUCCUGCCGCCGCGCCAGGAGAACGAGAUUUCAGUCGCCGAGGUGCUAUUGAACAUUAUUACAACGCUCGACCCGCCAACACGAGUCAUACUAGACGUGGGAGCUCAGAUACUUGAGCUAAACAACUUCGAAGUAGCAAAAACAUGGUUAGAUAAGACCUCGGAUGACCCUAAAAUUCAAGCAGCUAUCUUCGUUGACGACCAUGACGAACUUUAUGUUCUAGACAGAAAGGGCCAUCUCGAGCCUCUCCAUACGUCACCGUUUGUGUCACAACUGGAUGUGUGUGUUGUUUUCCUAGAUGAAGCGCACACGAGAGGCACUGACCUGAAGUUGCCAAGGGAUUACCGUGCAGCUGUCACGUUGGGAGCAAAUUUAACGAAAGAUAGGCUAGUACAAGCUUGUAUGCGGAUGAGAAUGCUAGCAGAGGGACAGUCGGUGGUAUUUUGCGUCCCGGACGAAAUCCAAAGAAAGAUCCGGGCGCAUAGGGCUGAUAUCAGACUUCCUGCCGACCAGGAUAUCUCAGUCUUGGAUAUUCUGGCCUGGUCAAUCGGUGAGACGUGGAGAGACAUCCAUAGGAGUAUGGCAUUGUGGGCAAACCAGGGCCGGCGCAACGAAAACCAUAGGAAUAUAUGGGCAGAGGCCCGUUCUGGCGGCGAGGUCAAUCUCACUAAAGGCCUCGCUGAGGAUUAUCUUGAAGAGGAGGCGAAGACACUGGAGUACAGGUAUCGGCCUCGCCCCGACGGCGAUGCAAUUACGCCUUCGCAAGUGGUGGGUACGGACACCACGGACCCGAUCUCUUUACGAUGUAAUGAGUUCAAAAAUCUGAAGCUCAAUUCAGCAGAACUUCAAGAAGAGGAAGAACGCGAGCUGUCGCCGGAGAUUGAGCAGGAGCGGCAAGAUCAGAGGCCUCCCGAAGCAGUACCGGCUAUUCAUACAAUCCACCAAGAUAUCAAGGACUUCAUUGCCUCUGGCAUGAUCCCCGAAAAGUCAAAAGGAUACAUGCCUGCAUUUUUAGCCCUGCGCAAUACUUCGGCAGGGGCCCGUUUCGACGUGUCCCAGUUCCGUCCUGGGUUACUUGUCUCGAAGGACUUUGCAAGCACUAUCAAACAAUGCGGCACCUCGGAUCACUUAGAUUCAUACCAACGCACCAUUCAAUGGAUCUUGACGGGGGCACCUCCUAGCGAUGAAGACUCUACGGAUACGCUCGUCGAGCACAUGAUGGUCAUUAGCCCAUACGAGGCAAAUGAGCUGUUACCGAUGAUAAUGAAAUCCAAAGCUGUUGCCUUACACUUGUAUGCACCCAGGGCGAAUUUGGGCUAUUGCAAGCUUGACAAGCUUGACUUAUAUACGGUACCCGAGAGGCUGGCGUCGCGCGAGGUGCCCCAAAGCCUUAUCACGGAACUAAACCUGUUCGCCGGACAACUCUACUUUGACUCAUAUGAGCAAUAUGUGGACGCAUGUCGAUUCCUAGGCAUUAGCUACAGUACGCCCGGCGAGGGGGAAGAGAUUACUGCCGACGGGUUCAUAGCCAAAGACAGCACGGGUAGGGUUGGUGGAGAGUCGGGCCUGAAGAGCAGCCCAGUGGCGUUUUUCAAGAUCCUCCACACGAAGAUCCGACGCAACUGCGAGAGUAUUGAGAAAACACACAUGGGCAAACUGCUAGACAACCAGUUACUGAAGCCAUCGGAUUUUGAGGAACAGUAAGUGGAUAUGUGGAUCAUAAGGAAUGUUGCUAGAUAAUGAGGUACCUAGGAGGUAGGUAGUUAACAAGUGAGAGUACCAUUGGUAAGAUGUCUGCCUCGCGUAAAUCAGAAACCUAUUGCGUGCUC